AUGGCCAACCAAACCAUCCAACAAGACAGUCCUCUUUCGAUCACCGCCAGUGUAGCCGGCAUUCUGACGUUUUUCGUUGCCAUUGUCGCUGCGGCUUAUGUCCGCGUCACUUACUUGAGAAAUAGUGACGAGGAAUACUUCAAAGUCAAGACGAGCCUGUCAUGGUACAAGACAGAGUCACAGUGGCUUUCGGAGCUGAUCCGGGCAGCUGGCAACGCCGACCGCCCCGGGUUUGCGGCCGGGCCGUACCGCCGGACGAUGGAGUACCAGAUGUACACAUUCGUCAUGGACGAUCUCGUCAGACUGGAGGAGCGGCUUCUCGAGCUGCUCGCAGAGACUGAGGAGAAGGCCGCCAAUGGAGAGGACGUAAAAGAUGCUCGAUUGGACGGCCAGCCGUGGACGCUUGUGCCGCGAAGCUGGACUUGGUGGAGUCGCACAUCCGUGGCUAUGUCUUGGUUGCCGGUCAGAGCCAAGGCGCUCGAGUUGGUGCGCCAGAGGGACGCGCUCACAGCGCGGGUGCUGUUUACGCAGAUGAGCCUCAUAUCCUCGUGA